AUAAAUAUCUCAUUUAUUUUUUUAUUAUUUUUAGUAAUGGAACAUGCAUUUCACUAAUUUUAUCUAACUCAUAUUUCGUUAUAAAACUACCAUAUAGAAGUACGGCUCGCCUUUCACUAUCUUUUCCGAUUCAGUUUCUAUUACAUUUGUUAAAAACCGAGCCUCUUGUAGAUGGAUGGGGGAGUAGAUUAGAACAUUAAUGAUAAGCGAUGCGUAUUUUUUUGGGAGUCUCGUCUAAAUUGAGUUAUUUCCUCUUUUAGCAAAAACAACACAUUUAUUAAGUAAAUUUUACUCUAUUUUAAUUUAUUCUCUGUUAUUUCUUUACUUCAUUCUUUCUCCUACUUUAUUAUAUCCCAUUUUACUUUUCAAACAUCAUUUUCUUAAAUCUCGUGCUCAAAAGAAACGUCUCGUUUGUGACAAGAUGGAUGAAAUAGUAUUUAGCUAUAAAAAAUAUAGUUUCAGUGAAAAUUUAUUUAUUCUUGGAGUUUAUUUAAAGUCCAGUCAAUAACAAAAUUAUAUUUAUAUAUUAUGUGGUUGUUCGGUUCAUGAGACUAAAUAGUAGGAAGAUACAAUAUGAGAUAAGAUAGGAUGUGUCUUGUCUAAGAUAGAAUUAGUAUUGGAUUUAUAAAUAUUGUUUGGUUGACAAAUUAUGUGUAAGAUAUUUUAGUAUAAUGUUUGGUAGGUAAUAAUAUUUAUCUUGUUUUAAUAUAUUAUUAAAAAUUGAUUAAUUAUAAUUAUAUUUUAUUAAAUUAUGAAUCAAAUUUAAUUUAUUUAUUUAAUUUAGUAAUUAGCUAAUUAUUAAUUCUAAAUUCGCUGAUAAAAAAUAUGGAGGAAAAACUCAAAACCAUAAAAAUAGAAUGAAAUUGGAUUACUGCAAUACAGAACAUAAAAGCAUAAAUAUAGCGCCCGCAAGGGCGUAGCUCAGUUGGCAACGGAGUGGCAAAUUUUGCUGCAAUAAAUAUAGCACAAACAUUAGUACUCCUACUUAUUUAAUUUUAUUUAACUUUCAAAUCCUACUCCAACACCAUUCCCCAAACAUACAUAUUUAAUUUCAUUUAAUUACCAUUUAUCACGACUACCCAUUUCCCCAAGAUUUUCAUAGCCCUUCUUCACAUACUAGGAAACAACAAUCCACACCCAUAGAAUGAAUCGUUAAAAAAGUCCGACUGCAUAGGGCGGUGCACGGCGGGCGUGGAGCAGAUGUGAGAGAGAUGCGACAAUUUUAGUCGCAGGGUGAAUUGUCGUGGGAUUAGGGUGAAAAACAAUCAGUCGAGACGGGCCAUGAUAAAGGAGACGCGGGCAGAGUGAUAACUCUGUCGUAGUAACCGAAUGUCGGACAAUUCCAGUGACUGAGAUUGAGUCGGGGUGAGUAUCGGCAACCGAACGGGCACUAUGCAAAUAAAUUGUGUGUUGAAGCACUACAAAAAAGCGGGACUUAGCGAGCACAUAUUACCAAGCAUUGCAAUUGCUCAAUCACCAAACACCUUCUGAGAGACUAAUAGACAAGUGUUCAUAUCGGCAACAACUUAGCAAGCAAGAAAAUUUUUCAGAGUAUACCAAUGACAAUGACGUGAUGCUCGGUAAUUCUCGUACUUAUCGGGAACUUACCAAGCCACAAGUUCUCUCAUCACAUUAAUAUAAAUAUAUUAUUUUCUCUCAUCACUCAACACACAAAAUAAAUCUUCUAAAAUCUCGUGUCAUUACUCAAGUGUGUCAUCUAUUAUGGAAGGAGAGAGUAUUUGCUUUUCAUCCACCUAACUCCUCUCACAUUAUGCCAUUUUGCUAUUCGACUUUGUAAUGCCCUCAUUAUAAUUUAUAAGCCACAACCCAUUUUCGGUCUUAUAACUUAUUUCACCAAUUUUAUCGUUUUUAAUUUCUUUUUUAACUUAUUUCACCGCAUGUCUAAGUUAGUAGUAUAGCAUAAACAUGAAAUAUUACCUCUUCAAAGAAGAUGCUACGUCGAUUGUUGUACCCGAAAUACUUUGACUCCAUGCCUUGUCAAGCUCCAAUGCUAGCUGAUAUCCAUCAUGCAGCCAUGAAAAGUUGGUCAUAACCUGAUGAUGGACUUGUGAAAAAGGUCAAGAAAAUACUGAGCUAAUUGAAUACCUCAAUCGACAUCUUGGCCCAAGUUUGGCUGCAUAGAAUGCACUGAACCCGGGCCUCAUUUUUCACUAUCAAUAUUCUAUUUAUUUUUUUUAAUUUCUUAUUUUAUUAAUUUUAUGUUAGAACUCAUCUUUUCCAAAUUUUAUAGUCGGAGGGAUGAGGUAUUAGAUUAAGAGAUGUAUAUGUAGAUAAGACUGAAAUAAUAUUUUAUUAAAAUUUGAAUGACAUUUGUGUUGGACAAUGGUUAUGGAAUAGCCUUACUAAUCCCACUCUCUUUUCAGAUAACACCUAUGGAUAUCAUGGAACCGACUGUUUUGUCAACAUUCUACUAUUCUAUUUCCCACUUAUUUAAAUUUUUAAAUACUCCUCUUUGAGUACUCUUCAUUUAAUUUAUCCCUGCUAUAGUUUAUUAAAGCAGUCGACAUCGAAAAAUUCGAGAAGAAAGACAAAGCUGAGAACUCGAGUAUUGUAUGUAGCUGGAAAUAAAAGGAUGGGCUUUCUUUAAAAUGAACUACUGUCCAACCAUUUCGAUGGAUGUCAUUUCCUCUGUCGAUAUAUUCAAGAAGCUACCAUUUUAUUGAUAUCUUCACCAUUUAUUCAUUAAUUGCGCAUGUAUUUUAUUGUUCCUCAAAUUCAACGUGUGAUCGUUUUCUUUAUCGCAAUAGUAUUAAAUAUAAAUACUACUAUUAUUUGGUCUUAUUGUUAGAUGUCUCUUAAUAGAAAGAAAUGAAGCGAAAUUCGAAAACGGUCAGAUUCUCCGGCGAAUACGGCGGCGGAAUGCCGACGUCGUGGAGCUCGGAGAGAGUAGCGAAUCCUAUUAAUGUUAGGAGGCAUGUUGGUGGUGCUGCAUUGAUGCCUUUCAACAGUUUGAGGGCGCUGCCUUCGAAAUGGGACGAUGCUGAGCGUUGGAUCACGAGCCCGGUUUCGAGCUAUGGGGCCUCGGCUCAAGUUCCGCGGCGGCCCAAAGCCAAGAGUGGGCCCAUGGGGCCCACUGAUGGUGUGAUUCUGCCUCAUGAUGAAAAACCCGAUGGCGCUGCAAAGGAGGAGUCUCCGAUUUCAGAUGUUAAACAUAAGGACAUGAAAACUCAGAUCAACCAUGAUGGGAAUGUGAGGCUCUCCUUCUCUGCAUCACCUGCCUUAGGUCCGGCUUCAUUGCAUCAGAACGACGUUCCUGCUUCUAAAGACGAAGUUCGAGAUGUUCAGGUUGACAAAGGCAUGGCUACAGCCGGGCAGUCCAAGAAGCAAGAAGUAAUAAAGGUGAAGGACUUGAUUCAUAUCCAAAACAUGCCUUCACAUUGGAAUGCUGCAGAGGAUUCAAAAGAGAUAUCAAAGUUGCAAAGAGACGAAGCGAAAAUCACUGCUUGGGAGAACUUGCAGAAGGCGAAACCGGAGGCAGCAGUUCGGGAACUUGAGAUGAAACUAGAGAAGAAGAAAUCAGCAUCCACGGACAAAAUCAUGAACAAGCUGAGAGCCUCGGAGAUGGAAGCUCAAGCCAUGAGAAACUUGUUGUCGGAGAAGGACGCACCAAAAGCUCGAACGUCGCGGUCUCGUGGAGGAUUUGGAGUCUCUAAAUACAACUGCUUUCUUUGGCGUAGGAAUUAGUUUGUUGCAACUUGCAAGAUCUUCUCAAACUUAAUUAGCUCUUUAAGCCAAAAUGAUAUACAUAUAUAGCAGCCUUGAGGUUAGUGAGCUGAAAUUGUUUCUAUUUUGUGUACAAUAAUAGUUCUAUUUGACAGCAAAGUUGAGCCACAUUGCAUUUGAUAUCCAAUAUAUGAAUGCUUUAGGGAAUAAAAAACUUGAAUUGUCAUUCAACAGA